AUGGUGUACCCAAAUGCUUUCCAAGGAGCUUGCAUGUUUCACUUGCUCAAUAAUUUGAAAAGCAAGUAUGGAAGACAUGGAGAAGAGCUACAAAUGAAUUUCAUUGCAGCAGCAAAAGCAUACACAAAAACAGAAUGUGAACACUACAUGAGAGGCCUUGAUAGACUUGACAGACGCAUUAGACACUAUUUAGAGAAAGCCAAGUAUGAAACCUUGGCAAGAUCAUACUCGCCAACAAAAAGAUACACCAUGAUGAUAUCCAACAUCGCAGCAUCAAUCAACGCUGCACUAAAAGCUGCAAGAAAUCUCCCCAUUGAUAUCUUGGUUGAAUACCUUGGAAGUUUGGUUCAAAAGUGGGUUUGGAACAACUCAAAUAAUGCAAACGAAUCAUUCACAAAAGUCUCUAUAGCAACAGAAAAUGAGUUGACACAUGACAUUGUUUCAAAAAUAAAGUAUGAGGUCUUCCCUUUCAACACAAUAGAAUACCAAGUUUGUGAUGAAAAGGGGAUGAAUUUCAUAGUAAAUAUACAUAAUAGAAUAUGUACUUGCAAUAGGUUUCAAGAAGAUGAAAUGCCUUGUGGGCAUGCAGUAGCUGUCAUUGCAAAGAGAAACUUGGAAGUGUAUGAUUAUUGUGCAAAGUUCUACAAAACAGAAACAUUGAAAGAAUUAUAUCUAGAAAAUGUUCAUCCUUUACCCCAUAAAGAUGAAUGGAAUCUCCCACAACACUUGGACAUAGUGGUGCUGCCUCCAACGGCAACAAUCCCUACAGGAAGACCAAGAAAGAAAAGAAUAAGAGCAAGAGGGGAACCAAAAGUAAUAAUCACCUGUGGGAAAUGUGGGCAAUCAGGACAUAACAUGAAGACUUGCAAGAAUCCUCCAUUUGAGAAGCAUAACAAACAGAAAAACAAAAAGACAUAG